CGGCUGCCCGGAGUGUACCCCCCGCCCCAGCACGCCAGCGCCACGCCGCGGUUACAGCACGGAAGACCCGCCCGUGGCGCGCAGGCGCAAUGGCGCUUCCGGGGCUGCGACCCGGGACCUUUCUGGCGCGAUCCGGGACGGCGGCCGAGAGGGCUCAGAACUAGCGGCGCGUUCCCGUUCCCGGGCGGCGCCGGCGCCAUGCGUUACAACGAGAAGGAGCUGCAGGCGCUGUCCCGGCAGCCGGCCGAGAUGGCGGCUGAGUUGGGCAUGCGGGGCCCCAAGAAGGGCAGCGCGCUGAAGCGGCGCCUGGUGAAGCUGGUGGUGAAUUUCCUCUUCUACUUCCGCACGGACGAGGCGGAGCCCGUCGGAGCCCUGCUGCUGGAGCGCUGCCGGGUCGCCCAGGAGGAGGCGCGGAGCUUCUCCAUCGGCUUCCUGGAGGACCCGGAGAGGAAGUACCUGUUCGAGUGCGGCAGCGAGGAGCAGUGCCGGCAGUGGACCGAGGCGCUGCGCAGGGCCAGCUACGAGUUCAUGCGGAGGAGCCUCAUCUUCUACCGGAAUGAGAUCCAGAAGAUGACGGGCAAGGACCCCCUGGAGCAGUUCGGCAUCUCCGCGGAGGCCCGCUUCCAGCUCAGCAGCCCGCCCAGCGACGGGCGGCCGGCGGGCACCGGGCCCGGGCUGGACUCGCUGGACUGACCCCAGCCGGGCGAGCCCGGGUGCGGGUGGGAGGGUCUGCCCUCCGGGGGUUCCCGCCCUGCGAGGCCCCCUCCCGGCUGAAUGUACGUGCGGAGCUAGACCAUGCUGUGAAGGGGCCGGGGCGAGCCCGGAUGCUCUGGCCCCGGGGUCCCCGUGCUCAAAUAAAGGGACCUCCUUUUCCAAA